GUGUCCCUCCACAGAGAGCAGCCCUGGCUCUGGGCUCUGUGUGUGACCAGCUGGUGCCAAAAGGAGAGAAAACUGCUUUAGAAAUGCCCAUCUGGAGCUCUGGAUGCUCUGUUGUGGCAGGAUGGGUGCCCAGGGCUCCAGGAGGUCUCAGAGCUUGGGUGGUGCAGAGGGGUUUGGGGGUCUGAGAUGCUUUGAUCUGCCUUCAAUUCCCUCCAAAACAACUCUCCAACAGCACCUGGCCUCCCCCAGGGGUGUCAGGGCUCCUGCUGGCCCCAGAGAGGAUGGAAGCUGGGAGGAGAUGGCUCCUGUCCUGCUGCAGCAGCUGCCAUUGGCCCAGCAGCCCCAGGCUGGACAGCAGGAGGAGGAGGAGGAGGAGGAGGAGGAGGAGGAGGAGGAGGAGGAAGGUUCUCCUGGAUGCUUGCCCCAUGACAGCAGCGACCCACAGCACGUGCAUGUCCCACAGCAUGGUGGUGACAGGGAUUGUCCCCUCCCCACAGCACGGUUGGGACAAGGUUUGUCCCCUCCCCACAGCAUAGUGGUGACAGGGAUUGUCCCCUCCCCACAGCACGGUGGUGACAGGGUCUGUCCCUUCCCCACAGCACGGUUGGGACAAGGUUUGUCCCCUCCCCACAGCACGGCGGUGACAGGGAUUGUCCCCUCCCCACAGCACAGCGGUGACAGGGUCUGUCCCCUCCCCACACCCUGGGCACUGUCCCCAUGCCUUCCCCUGGGGACUGUCCCCAUGGCUCCGGGCUGCUCAGAGGUUCCCAAGGCUGGAGUGACCACUGCUCCCCAGGACACUCCUGUGGGAGGGGGAUCCCAGAGGGUCCCUGGGCAGCUCCAGGGUCCCAGCCCAGCUGAGCUCUGCCCACUCCCAGCCCAGGAGGCUGCAGAGGGAGCCCAGGAAAGGCACUUGUGUCCUGAGGAGCUGCCCUGGCCCCGUGGUGUCCCCAGCAGCAGCUCCGGGACCCAGCCCAGCUCAGCAUCACCCCAAACUCACACCCUGCCUCAGGUCACCCCAACAAGUCAGGCAGCCCCAAAAUUCAGGAUGUCUGUUAGGGUGAGGAGCUAUCAGCCCCAAAAGGCCCUGAAAAUGCAUUUUGAAGGAAAAGGGCUUUGAAAUUUGUGGGGAUUUGAGCAGGUUGGGUGGGACUUGGUCUCAUGGAAGGUGUCCCUGCCCAUGGGACAACCAAACUGGAAAUCCAAACAGUUCUGGGAGUCUGUGAUUUCCUUUCUUUACCUGAUCUGCCAUCCAAGACAACAAACAGCAGAAAGAGCAGCCCCAUCUGUGGAAAACUGGCCAGAGCUACAGACAGAGCUGAAACAUCUCAGAGUAAAAUUAAAUUUGGAGGGGGAGCAGAGAGGGGAGUGUUGAUGUUCAUGACUGAUUUUUGGGGCCCUGGAAGGGCUCUGCCUGAGGUGCUGCAGCUGCCAGGAGGAAAUCAUCAGCAGCUCUCCAUGGGCCUCACAGGAGUGUCUGUCCCUGCCUCCAAGCCCUCUCCCUUUUUAACACAAGAUUUUUGGUUUUUCCAUGGAGUCAGCAAUCCCAGCUGAGGCACCAGGGUUGCACAGCACCAGUGAGAGGUGAAAAUCAAUGGGAUUUGAAACACUUGAGCUGGGAAGGG